AGGUCAAAUAAUGUUAAGUAGUUUAUUUCAUUUAUUUGUCUCUGAUGUUAAGUUUCAACUUUGUUAAUGGAUACUUAAAUGGACACAUGGAAUUUUUUACGAACUUAUUAUUCCUGCGUAUUAAAUAUGCUUAACUAACAAAACUCGAUAGAAUUGUAUCACUCAAAAAUAACAGUAUUAGUGUCAGAAUGUGGUACACUAUGAACGAAGUUCAUUAGCUGCACAGUGCAUUGUAAUCUGUCUUAUCAACAAUUAUCAAAAUGCUUAUCAUCAUUACCAAACUAGGAUCAAGGGUUCAAUGGUAUUAGUUAGAUCCGUUUCGGUUUGUUCAAAACUUACGCCAAAGAUACGCGUGUUUUCAGUGUAUGUGUUUUUGAAUUGUCGGUACUAUAAAAUAAUUUUGAAAAUUCCCAAAUGAUUGGUCGUAAAGUAAAAUCAAUGGUGAGUCUUUGUAGCAACUGAGACUAGGACUAUAAGGUGCUUGAUGGCAUAUUUGGAAUAGUAUUACAUUUUAUGUUUCCUAUAAGAAUGUUGCUCCGGUUGUAUUCAUUAUGCAUCUUGAUGGUGGACAUCACAUGGGUGAUGAUUAAUACUGUCUAUGCUGUUUUCCAAGCUGCAUAUGAGCUUUUCAAACCACCACCUUUGAAGUCAUUAAGAUUGGAAACAGCUUUGGUAAUCGGUGCAGGGAGAGGUGUAGGUCGUGAACUGGCAUUACAACUUGCUGGUUUAGGAGCUAUAGUGCUUUGUGUUGAUGUAAAUUCCACCACCAAUGAGGAUACUGUGAAUUUAAUCAAACGUAGAGGUGGUUCAGCUGCUAGUUACAUUUGUGACGUAACAAAGAAGACAAAUGUUCAAACAUUAGCAGUAGAAGUCAAGAAGGAUGUUGGAUUUGUCAGUAUGUUGUUCUACUGCUGUGGAAUUCCAAGUCCAAGGUCAUUGCUUACGAGGCCACCUCAAGAUAUACAUGAUACUUUGGACCUGACAUUGACUUCUUAUUUCUGGCUCAUUGACCAAUUCUUACCAGAAAUGAAAGCCAGAAACCGAGGACACAUUGUUGCACUAACAUCAGUAGCAGGAUUGAGUUAUAUUAAGGACCAGAUGCCAUUGAGUGUAGCACAGUUUGCAGUACAGGGUCUUGCAGAAUCCCUUAUGGAAGAUUUAAGGAUGAACAAGAUUGAUAAUCUCCAUGUAACCUUAAUUCACAUUUACCCAUUUAUUGUUGGAGAUGAGAGUCCAGAUGUUAAGUUGAGAAUACCUAGUUAUUUCGGCACAAUUAGUCCCUUAGCGGCAGCGAACUCGAUUCUCGACAGCGUUCGGCGUAACUAUCCUGAAGCAUCGGUGCCUAAACAUUUAUUAUGCUUGGGACAUCUAUUGAGGGUCCUUCCACGGAAAGCCACUGUAUUAAUUAGGGAUUUACUUGAUACAGGAGUUGAUUUCGCAUAAUUUUCUCAGUAUUUUUUACAUUUAAGGUUCAAUGUAGUAAUAAGUCGACGGGUUGCUCAUUGUAACAUAAAAGUAUUUUUAAAAGUUAUACAAAAAUAUUUAUGAGACUGAUAAAUAGUUUUACAUAACUAAGAGAAAAUAUAAAGAGAAAUGUUAUAUGGGAAUCUGGUGCCAUAAUGAAAUACAAUACAUUCCUAGAAAAAUCUUUUAAAAUACUUUUGUAAAACUAGCAUUUAUAAUUAUAAUAUAAGAAUAUAAAAGUCUUUGUACUG